GAAGAAAGCAUUUGGAGAGUCACAAGAUGGAAGAAGGUCAGGAAAGCAGGUACUGGUGCCACAGCUGCGCUGAGGUGAUUGUUCCUGUGGAGCCGGAGAAGAAGUGCCCGGACUGUGAUGGCGGGUUUGUGGAAGAGAUGGGGUCUGAGGGCUUUGAGCCGUCCACAAACGUGAGGUCUGAGCGGAACCUCUCGCUCUGGGCCCCGCUGCUGCUUGGGAUGAUGGGUGGUUCAUCGCGGCGGUCGAGGCCCCAGAGGGAUAUGAUGGAUUCUUCUUCUGAUGAGGACUCACGCCAAGCAAGGAUCAGAAGUGCGCUGAGGGAUACUGAUGAUGAGGAUGAAGAUGAUGAUGAUGAUUCUGACCGUGAGCUUGAAGACAUGAUUAGGAGGCGAAGGAGGAGGGGCUCGUCGCUUGUCAGGCUGCUCCAGACCCUCCGUGAUGACUUAAGGGGCUUGGAUGGCAUUGGCAGGGACAGGGACAGGGACAGGGACAGGGACAGCGAGAGAGACCGGGAGAGGGAAAGGGAACGAAGGGACAGGGAGAGAAGGGAGAGGGAGAGGGCUAGAAGAGAGAGGGAGAGAGCAAGGGAGAGAGACCGAGGGGGAGAAAGGACAGAGAGCUUAAUACUGAUCAACUCCAACAAUGAGGCCAUUAUUCUCCAAGGAACAUUUGGACCUAGUGACAACCAAGAGAACUCAAGCAACACAAGUACUGGCGUUUCACUUGGAGACUACUUUCUUGGUCCUGGCCUGGAUAUGCUCUUGCAGCGUUUGGCAGACAGUGACCUGAAUCGUUCUGGGACCCCGCCUGCCAAAAAGGAAUCUGUGGCAGCAUUGCCAACUGUGAACAUCCAGGAAGUAUUGGGCUGUACAGUCUGUCUUGAGGAGUUUGAAAUGGGGACGGAGGCGAAGGAGAUGCCUUGCCAACACAAGUUUCACUCCAAUUGCAUCCUUCCAUGGCUGGAGCUCCACAGUUCUUGCCCAAUUUGUCGAUUUCAGUUGCCUACCGAGGAGUCAAAGAACCCAUGUGAAUCAGGCAGUGGUGGUGGGACAGUGAGUGCUGAUGGAGAUCAUGCUGAGUCAAGUAAUAGUGAUAUAGAAGGUGCUAACCAUGAUGGAGGCAGUCUGCUUGAUGAAAGUUCAAUAAAUGAUAGAGAUGUGACGUCUGCGUUGAACGCGAUCUUCGGAGAUGGAUCCUCAUCAUCCUCAUCUGAUGAAAAUGGUCCACGUGCUUCUGAGAGCUGAAGCCAGCAUCGCCCUGGCUCCUGUGCUUCCAACAUGUAGACGGAGUCCUGAAAGAAGACUCUCGUGAGGCCGGCGUCUUUAUGCUGUGGUUUCCUGUAAAUAUUUCAAUUCGACCCUGCAAGACAAAGCUGUUUAUCUUCGCUUCUUAUGAAACCUAUGUGGCUUGUAACCGUUUAAUGCCCGCCACCGUGUUUACAGUAUGCGUGUGUGUGAAAUAAAAGUACUCUAGUAUGUUGUUUA